GACGAAGUACGGUGUCGGAGGAGAAAUAGCGACCGAGGUCAUAGUAGGAUGGGAAAGCGGUUUCCGAGUCUGGAAGCCCAAGGCCCCUCCACGCCUGCGCGUCCUGGGGCCAGUUCCGUAAGCUCUGCAGGUCGGGAGCCACCGUUUCUGCAUUGUGUAGUGGUCACUUGGUACCGAGCAGCAGGGUGGUUUCUGACCUGUGACCUUGCAAGGUGGUGAAUUCUCCUGUGUAAUCCUGGAUCCUGGGAGAAAUUAGCUUGAUUUGAGAGCAAUAAAGGGACGACUGUGCUUAUGAAGGAGUGGGCAGGGGAACCCGGAGUGAAGGCUCGGUACACCAAGCCUGGUAGCAGGAGGACCUCUCCCCUCUUUCAGGCCUGAAGAGGUGAAGGGAAUGAUUGGUUACCCAAGUACUUGAGUGGAGAGGGCACCUUGAAAGCUGUUGAUGCCUUGGUCGGGGUAGAAAUGCCAUAAAUUCUGUUUUCCUCCUUCCAAACCUCUGCUGGUGUCUCCUGUAAGGCAAACCCAACGGGGAGCCAGAGAGCCAAGAAGCCGAAAAUGUAUUGUACUUCUGGGGUCACAGGACAGGGAUGAGAGGAAAGAGCAGGUUUGGAGGUGUUGAACCCAAAGAGAUUGGAGCACAUUCUCAUUUUGCAGAUGAAGAAAUAACGUAACGAAUGAUGAGAUGAUUUGAUUAAAGUCACUCAUAACGGGAUUUGAAAUCUUCAAAGGACCUGAGGACCAAAUGCCACACUGGGUGUGCCUUCAUUCAGUGGUUUGUAGUUGUGACUAACCUAGGCUACUCACUUCACCUUGCUGGGUGAGACAGUGAUACUUUUGUUAAGUUAUGCAAUAGUGACAUCCAUUGUUAUAGUUGGUCCCACUUGUCAUCUCAUCUGAUUGUUAAAGGAACCAGCUGGGGCAGGCAUGUGGCUAUGGCCUCUACUUUUUUUUUGGUAAAUAAGCAUGGUGAAGCACAUUUGGUUUUAUUUAUUCAUCAAAUACAGUGACAUGGGGUGACAGACUGACUGUGUCCCUGUGCUUACUGAAAUAAUUGCCUUUCUGUGAGGUGGAGAAAUAGGAUCACUUGUUUCAGAAGGAAGGGGAAGUUGGAACCAGAGAAGUCUUUGGUGAAGCUACUUGGUCACAGGAAGGAGGAUGGGUCAGAGCAGAGGUCUCUUGGUACUGGUGCCCUGUGGUUCCUUCCCCACCUCAGCUCUCCGAGGGUGGCAAGGGGCUCAGAAGUGACCGCACAAGAUGGGAUGUAGCAAGUGAUGGUGAAUUAGUCUUGGACCUAAUCCUCUCGUGCUGGGGUUUAGAAAUGGACUUUUCCAAUGUUUCUCAACCCUCUCCCACUUUAUCCUAAUCCUGUGCCCUCCUGGAGCCUCCAGUCCAGCUGUCACUGCCCUGAGGGUGAAGCCUAACCAAUAACUUCCAAAUAGAGCUCUGAAAAACUCGGCCAGCCCUGUCGUGUUGGUGGAUUUGUCUGAGCAGCCUGGUGAAGGACAAAGAUAAGGCUUCGCAACCAUCUGUGAAUCCAGGCCUUCCCUGCAGGAGUGGGAAGGCCAGUUGGACACGCUGUUUCCGCUGUCUGAACCUGCUCUGUCCAUCAACGUGUAUGACUACAACUGCCACGUGGACCUCAUCAGGCUGCUGCGCCUGGAGGGGGAACUUACCAAAGUGAGGGUGGCCCGCGAGAAGAUGAGCGAGAUCUUUCCCCUGACUGAAGAACUCUGGUUGGAGUGGCUGCAUGACGAGAUCAGCAUGGCCCUGGACGGCCUGGACCGCGAGCACGUCUAUGAGCUCUUUGAGAAAGCUGUGAAGGACUACAUCUGUCCUAACAUUUGGCUGGAGUAUGGUCAGUACUCCGUUGGUGGGAUCGGUCAGAAAGGUGGCCUUGAGAAGGUCCGCUCUGUGUUUGAAAGGGCUCUCUCAUCUGUCGGUUUGCACAUGACCAAAGGACUGGCCAUCUGGGAGGCCUACCGAGAGUUUGAAAGUGCCAUUGUGGAAGCUGCUCGGCCCAUGGCUGGCUUCCUUUCCCCUUUUGACCGGGAACAAACCUUUGAUUCACAGCUUGAGAAAGUCCACAGUCUUUUCCGGCGACAGCUGGCGAUCCCCCUCUACGAUAUGGAGGCCACAUUCGCCGAGUAUGAAGAAUGGUCAGAAGACCCAAUACCAGAAUCGGUAGUUCAGAGCUAUAACAAGGCGCUGCAGCAGUUGGAGAAGUACAAGCCCUAUGAAGAAGCCCUGCUGCAAGCAGAGGCACCGAGGUUGGCAGAAUAUCAAGCGUACAUCGAUUUCGAGAUGAAGGUGGGCGACCCCGCUCGCAUUCAGUUGAUCUUUGAGCGGGCCCUUGUCGAGAACUGCCUCGUCCCAGACUUAUGGAUCCGUUACAGUCAGUACCUAGAUCGGCAGCUGAAAGUGAAGGAUCUGGUUUUGUCUGUACACAGUCGUGCUGUUAGGAACUGCCCCUGGACUGUUGCCCUGUGGAGCCGCUACCUCCUGGCCAUGGAGAGGCAUGGAGUGGAGCAUCGAGUGAUUUCUGUGACCUUUGAGAAGGCUUUGAAUGCUGGCUUCAUCCAGGCCACUGAUUAUGUGGAAAUCUGGCAGGCGUACCUGGAUUACCUGAGGAGGAGGGUGGACUUCAAGCAAGACUCCAGCAAGGAGCUGGAGGAGCUGCGGUCGGCGUUCACGCGCGCUCUGGAGCACCUGCAGCAGGAGGUCGAGGAGCGGUUCAAUGAGAGUGGAGAUCCGAGCUGCGUGAUCAUGCAAAACUGGGCUAGGAUCGAGGCGCGACUGUGCAAUAACAUGCAGAAAGCUCGGGAACUCUGGGACAGCAUCAUGACCAAAGGAAACGCCAAGUACGCCAACAUGUGGCUGGAGUACUACAACCUGGAAAGGGCGCACGGCGACACGCAGCAUUGCCGCAAGGCUCUGCACCGGGCCGUGCAGUGCACCAGCGACUACCCCGAGCACGUGUGUGAGGUGCUGCUCACCAUGGAGAGGAUGGAAGGUACUUUAGAAGACUGGGACAUAGCUGUUCAGAAAACUGAGACCCGGUUGGCGCGCGUGACCGAGCAGAGGGUGAAGGCUGCAGAGAAGGAGGCGGCUCUGGCGCAGCAGGAAGAGGAGAAGGCGGAGCAGCGCAAGAGGGUGCGAGCGGAGAAGAAAGCCUUGAGAAAGAAGCAGCAGCCAGGCGGCGGGGACAAGCGCAAGGCCGAGGAGGGCAAGGAGUGGGGCGAGGAUGGCGCAGAGCAGCCUUCCAAGCGAAGGAGGGUGGAGAACAGCGUGGCCCCGGCCGGGCCAGAGCCAGACGCAGGCCAGGAGAAGGGGCUCCCCGAGAAGCCUGCUCCCGUGGACGUUGCCCCCCCCUCCAAGCAGAAGGAGAAGGCCGCUGCCCUGAGGCGGGAGGUGCCCAAGGUGCUGCAUGACAGCAGCAAGGACAGCGUCACCGUCUUCGUCAGCAACCUGCCCUACAGCAUGGGGGAGCCCGCUGCCAAGCUCCGGCCACUCUUCGAGGCCUGCGGGGAGGUGGUGGAGAUCCGGCCCGUGUUCAGCAACCGCGGGGACUUUCGAGGCUACUGCUAUGUGGAGUUCAAAGAAGAGCAGUCUGCCCUGAAGGCCCUGGAGCUGGACCGGAAGAACAUGGAAGGGAGGCCGAUGUUCGUGUCCCCCUGUGUGGAUAAGAGCAAGAACCCCGAUUUCAAGGUGUUCCGGUACAGUACCGCCCUGGAGAAACACAAGCUCUUCAUCUCCGGCCUGCCCUUCUCCUGCACUAAAGAGGAACUGGAGGACAUCUGUAAGGCCCAUGGCACUGUGAAGGACCUCAGGCUGGUCACCAACCGGGCUGGCAAACCAAAGGGUCUGGCCUACGUGGAGUAUGAAAAUGAGUCCCAGGCUUCGCAGGCUGUGAUGAAGAUGGACGGCAUGACAGUCAAAGAGAAUGUCAUCAAAGUGGCCAUCAGUAACCCCCCUCAGAGGAAAGUUCCAGAGAAGCCAGAGGCCAGGAGAGCACCAGGUGGCCCCAUGGUGCCAAGGCAGAUAUAUGGAGCGCGGGGGAAGGGAAGGACCCAGCUUGCUCUGCUGCCGCGUGCCCUGCAACGCCCGGGUGCUGCUGCCGGUCAGGCCGAGAACGGCCCUGCCCCGCGCCCAGCAGUCCCCACCUCUGAGGCCGCUGAGGCGCCCAAGAUGUCCAAUGCUGAUUUUGCCAAGCUGCUUCUGAGAAAGUGAAAGCGACGCUGUGAAGGACAGGAAAUGCCUUACUUCCCGCUGGUCAGGCAGCCCACCCAGCACCCAGCAGCGCCUGGGCCAAGGAGGGGCUGUGCACACCCCUGCGCCCCUGGACUCCGCGGGGUUCAGUCGGGGCAGUGUCCAGGGGAAGAGGCGCCCAGUGCUCCCUCACAUUGAGGGCAGUGGAGCAGGGCACGGCCCGCAGGGUACCUGUCCCUACGGACUUUUGUGUCCUGAAGAAUGAGGAGCAGAAGUGACACUGGAACAUGGCUCUUGAGUCCCACUUGUCCCAAUGCUCCAGGCCACCUCUGGCCCUUUUUGUAAGACAUUUCUCUCCCAUCCUGCACAGCACACGUGCCCGUCACUUUUAAUUUUUAAAAGAUGAGAAACGGCAGAUGCUGGCGACUCACCAGAACAGCCUAUUUUAGUAAGGGGCGGGGGCGGGGGUCCCACACCCAGCACUUGGUGGGCUUUUGUUCACAGGGGUUGUUUUUUUCUAUUAUGUAUUUGUAAACCACACGUCGACUGUUGUUUUAUGUUUCCUAAAAGCAAAAUAUUUGCGACGUGUUUUCUAUAGGAAUCCCGCGUGGACCGUUUUCUUUGCUAGUGACUAGUCAUUCUGGGUCUAGAGAUUGGGGUUCAGCCCUUGGGUUUUGUUUAAAUACUUUAGUUCUCCCAGUUAGCUUUGUUGAUUAAACGGAGUUCUCUUGAGUCA